AUAAUGGGUUGAGUUUCGGCUCGACUACAGAGGCGUGUCCUGUCGAACUGUCGAACUCAGUGACGCUCUGUUCGGCGUGAUCGGUCCCAGGAACUUUCGUCCGACAGGAGUUGAACUGCGUUCAGACUCUUCCUGAUGCUGCUAGAACAUUCUCGAACUUUCUGCGCGGGUAUAAACUAGAAUGGGUCCCAAGCGGAGCUGACAGAACGGUAGCGUUCUUCAACAGUAAGUGUACAGUUCAGGUUAGGCUUCAACCUGCAACCGGACCAGCGCAUUUAAAGAGAACUACCCGUCUACCUUGUGCGAAUUUGAUUGGCAGUCAGCACCGGCUCAAGCAAGGGAACUUUAAACUAUUUCUCGCAGCUAUUCGGAAUUAACACACCGACAGCUACAUGGUCAAAAUGGGUAAAGACUACUAUAAUGUUCUGGGCAUACAGAAAGGGGCGACGGAGGACGAGAUCAAGAAGGCUUAUCGCAAGCAGGCUCUGCGUUACCACCCGGAUAAAAACAAGUCUCCCAAAGCCGAGGACAAGUUUAAAGAAAUAGCUGAAGCUUAUGACGUUCUGAGCGACCCAAAGAAAAAGGACAUUUACGACCGAUUCGGCGAAGAAGGGUUGAAAGGAGGAGGCCCCCCAGGAGGAGGGGGUGUUCCCGGGGGCCCUAGUUUCAGCUACUCCUUCCAAGGCGACCCCCACGCCAUCUUCGCCGAGUUCUUCGGGGGCCGGAGCCCCUUCGACCAGUUCUUCACCCGAAACGGCGGGGGCCCAGACGGGGACAACAUGGACACUGAUGAUCCCUUCGCCCGUUUUGGGAUGGGGGGCGGUGGCAUGGGGGGGUUCCCCCGUUCCUUCAGCACAGGGAUGGGGGGAGGGGGGAUGGGGGGGCAGAUGGUUGAGAAGCACCAGGACCCACCCGUGCUCCACGACCUCAGGGUGACCUUAGAGGAGGUGCUCUCAGGCUGCACUAAGAGAAUGAAGAUAUCCCACAAGCGGCUGAACGCAGACAGACGGACCCUCCGGAUGGAGGACAAGAUCCUGGAGGUGGAGAUAAAGAAGGGAUGGAAGGAGGGGACGAAGGUCACCUUCCCUAAAGAGGGGGACGAGACGCCGACUAACAUCCCGGCAGACGUGGUGUUCGUGGUCAAGGAUAAGCCACACCCGGUGUUCCGGCGAGACGGCUCUGACAUCGUUUACCCCGCCAAGGUCUCCCUCAGAGAGGCGCUGUGCGGCUGCACGGUCAUCGCCCCCACGUUGGACGGCAGGACAGUAACCGUGACAACAGGGGACGUGGUGCGUCCGGGGAUGAAACGACGCAUCACAGGGGAGGGGCUUCCUCUGCCCAAGCGGCCCGAUCGCCGCGGUGACCUGCUGGUGGAGUACGAGGUGGCGUUUCCGGAGAGACUGAGUCAGAGUGCCAAGGAGACCAUCGCACAGGUGCUUCCACCCUCGUCCUGAUGGCUAUAAACUAUGAACGUCUUCAGGACAAAACGGACGGAGCAGACGAACAGUGAAAGGCAACAUGUGGCUGUCCUCCCUAUCGACCAAAGAACGUUUAUCACCGCCAUUUUCUGUUCCUUUCCAGACGAUUCUGUGUUGAAUCGCCAUCGUUCGUCGACACCCAUCAGGUGACCUACUGCGCACGGCCAACUCUCCUUACGGUGUCUCUUGACCUUUAGUUGAGGAAACUGUCACUCUGGGCCUUGUGAGUCCACUUCAGAACCACUAGUGAACUGAGGAAACUGUCACUCUGGGCCUCGUGAGUCCACUUCAGAACCACUAGUGAACUGAGGAAACUGUCACUCUGGACCUUGUGAGUCCACUUCAGAACCACUAGUGAACUGAGGAAACUGUCACUCUGGACCUCGUGAGUCCACUUCAGAACCACUAGUGAACUGAGGAAACUGUCACUCUGGACCUUGUGAGUCCACUUCAGAACCACUAGUGAACUGAGGAAACUGUCACUCUGGACCUUGUGAGUCCACUUCAGAACCACUAGUGAACUGAGGAAACUGUCACUCUGGACCUUGUGAGUCCACUUCAGAACCACUAGUGAACUGAGGAAACUGUCACUCUGGGCCUCGUGAGUCCACUUCAGAACCACUAGUGAACUGAGGAAACUGUCACUCUGGACCUUGUGAGUCCACUUCAGAACCACUAGUGAACUGAGGAAACUGUCACUCUGGACCUCGUGAGUCCACUUCAGAACCACUAGUGAACUGAGGAAACUGUUACUCUGGGCCUCGUGAGUCCACUUCAGAACCACUAGUGAACUGAGGAAACUGUCACUCUGGACCUCGUGAGUCCACUUCAGAACCACUAGUGAACUGAGGAAACUGUCACUCUGGGCCUUGUGAGUCCACUUCAGAACCACUAGUGAACUGAGGAAACUGUCACUCUGGACCUCGUGAGUCCACUUCAGAACCACUAGUGAACUGAGGAAACUGUUACUCUGGGCCUCGUGAGUCCACUUCAGAACCACUAGUGAACUGAGGAAACUGUCACUCUGGACCUCGUGAGUCCACUUCAGAACCACUAGUGAACUGAGGAAACUGUCACUCUGGGCCUUGUGAGUCCACUUCAGAACCACUAGUGAACUGAGGAAACUGUCACUCUGGACCUCGUGAGUCCACUUCAGAACCACUAGUGAACUGAGGAAACUGUUACUCUGGGCCUCGUGAGUCCACUUCAGAACCACUAGUGAACUGAGGAAACUGUCACUCUGGACCUCGUGAGUCCACUUCAGAACCACUAGUGAACUGAGGAAACUGUCACUCUGGGCCUCGUGAGUCCACUUCAGAACCACUAGUGAACUGAGGAAACUGUCACUCUGGACCUCGUGAGUCCACUUCAGAACCACUAGUGAACUGAGGAAACUGUCACUCUGGACCUCGUGAGUCCACUUCAGAACCACUAGUGAACUGAGGAAACUGUCACUCUGGACCUCUGCUGCCAUGUAUCUAUUCUAGGGGUUUAGGUAUCAUGGGUUGUUUUCAUGUAUCUAUUCUAGGGGUUUAGGUAUCAUGGGUUGUUUUCAUGUGUCUAUUCUAGGGGUUUAGGUAUCAUGGGUUGUUUUCAUGUAUCUAUUCUAGGGGUUUAGGUAUCAUGGGUUGUUUUCAUGUAUCUAUUCUAGGGGUUUAGGUAUCAUGGGUUGUUUUCAUGUAUCUAUUCUAGGGGUUUAGGUAUCAUGGGUUGUUUUCAUGUAUCUAUUCUAGGGGUUUAGGUAUCAUGGGUUGUUUUCAUGUAUCUAUUCUAGGGGUUUAGGUAUCAUGGGUUGUUUUCAUGUAUCUAUUCUAGGGGUUUAGGUAUCAUGGGUUGUUUUCAUGUAUCUAUUCUAGGGGUUUAGGUAUCAUGGGUUGUUUUCAUGUAUCUAUUCUAGGGGUUUAGGUAUCAUGGGUUGUUUUCAUGUAUCUAUUCUAGGGGUUUAGGUAUCAUGGGUUGUUUUCAUGUAUCUAUUCUAGGGGUUUAGGUAUCAUGGGUUGUUUUCAUGUAUCUAUUCUAGGAUCUGGGCUAUGUAUGGUGUAACUGUUGGGUACUAUCAUGAGAUAGGAUGUUAGCACAGUAACCAUGGGAGAUAUAGGCUUUCAUGUUCAACCCAUAGCAUUCCUCUUUACUCAGUAUUAUACCCAACAUGUAUCGUUGCCACCUGUUGUUGAUGCAGUAAGUGAGAACUGUUCAGGAACUCAUAUAAAGCUGUUUAAUUGAGCAAAAGAA